AUGGCUACCAUGACCGAGACAGCAGAGACGAAUGACAUCCACCUAAGCACUCUCUCGAACCGGACCGAGCAAGACCGCCUGGAGCAACAACCCGAGAUCUCGAACGAAGCGAGUGCCAUUGCACCACUAGAACUCAGCUUCACCGUAUCACUGAAGGUGUUCAGCGCCGCUUUCUGCUUCUUCAACGCCGGUGUCAACGAUGGCAGUCUUGGAGUCCUUGUCCCGUACAUACUUCGGGGAUACAACAUCACCACCGCUUGGCUGGCCAUUCCAUAUGGCAUAGCAUUCUUUGGCUGGCUGCUUGCGGCCAUCUUUGGGGGUUUUGUUCGUUCUACACUGGGUACUGGCGGCUACAUUGCCACGGGGGCUGCACUGCAACUUCUUGCGCAAUUGCUGCGCUUCUGGAAGCCGCCGUUUGGCCUCUUCGCUGCGACUUGGUUCUUCGUGGCGCUUGGGCAGGCUUUCCAGGAUACGCAGGCGAACACGUUUGUUGCCAUCAUCAAGAACGCCCAUCGCUGGCUUGGAGUGAUCCACGGCUGUUACGCCGUGGGUAGCCUGGUGGGGCCUCUGAUAGCUGCUGCCAUUGCGUCCAACAUUGAAGGGCAAUGGGCUACAUUCUAUUACGUACCUACCGGCAUUGGCGCCUUCAAUCUGGGUCUAACAGUGUGGGCCUUUAGAGAUGAAAUUAUCUUCUUCAAACGCUUUUAUGGUAGUUCCACAAGCCAACAUGAGCGCCCCAGACGAUCCAUUGCGGCCAAGCGAGAGCUUGCAGCGACCUUGAAGCUGAAGUCUGUCUGGCUCAUAUCCUUAUUCUUCUUCCUCAACCUUGGAGCUGGCAUUGCCGCUGGCGGAUGGGUAGUAGAGUACCUCCAUGCCGUGCGAGGUGGAUCCCUCUCACAAGUCGGCUACAUAAGCAGUGCGUUCUACGGAGGUAUUGCGUUGGGCCGUUUCGUCCUUGCGGAGCCUACCUUCCGGUUCGGCGAGAAGAGAAUGCUGCUUCUGUACGCGGUCUUGACUGUCGCGCUGCAGAUCGUCUUCUGGAGAGUGCCGAAUAUCGCCACGGACGCAGUUAUGAUUGCGCUCAUCGGGUUCUUGCAAGGCCCAUGUUUCGUUACUGGAGUGUCGGUAGCAAGCAAGCUGCUUCCACAAGAACUCCAGUCGUCCAGCCUCGGUGAGUCCAGCACCAUUCCGGCGACCUUGAAUUCAUAG